AUGAAUCUCCACGACGCCAAUAGCUUCGGGUGCUUAAAUCAGAAGGUUUCGCAAGCCCUGAAACGGCUAAAAUCCCUUUCAAAUGUCGAGGUUGAAGGUGUUGUGCUACGGGCCAGCUUAGAGAAGGCUAGAGCCGAAUGGAAAAAAUCAGGACGCGCUGCAAACUUACUUGUAGAUGUGAACAUCUACGGUCCCAAUACUUCCGGGGUUGCUAAACCCGCUGGCAGAAUCCUCAGCAAUGCAAGGCUGUUUCUGCAACCUCCAAGCUUCGUCACGCGGCUGGUUACAUAUGACAAUCCCCAAUAUCUUAAAUUGCCCAAUAUCUCAGAUUAUCAGCUAGAAGCUGUUGAUUUUUUUACCAAAAGAGAAAACGGAGACUUGGCUCCUUCACUCAGUCUUUGGAAACCCCACUCUCUUCCUGGGGGUCCAUUCUGUUACAAACACGUCAUCACUGGCGCAAAAAGUAGCGAGAUGGAGGAUGCCCUGGGAGGCAUAUUUGCUGAUGAGAUGGGACUCGGAAAGACACUAACGACAUUAGCUGUCAUUGUAGAGUCUCUGAAACGAGCGCUCGAUUACGCCGCAGGGCGUACAAGAGGCUCAACAAACUCUUGGAAAGAUAUUGUCCCUUGCAAGACCACCCUCAUCAUCGUCCCUUCUUCAUGUGAACACAUUGAGCCUGGAACUCUAAUGGUUCAUCGCUUCCAUGGCGUGGGAAAACGUGUCGAUUUUGCCUACCUACUUCAUAUGGAUAUAGUUCUCACGACAUACGCGACCGUGGCUGCAGACUUUUGUCGUGGAAACAGUACACUGAACCGCAUUGCGUGGUACCGUCUAGUUUUGGAUGAAGCUCACUACAUCCGCAACCCUUUACGGAAACAGUUUCGUGCCAUCCAAACCAUACCUGCACACAUCCGCUGGUGUUUAACAGGCACCCCGAUUCAAAACUCUUUGGAAGACCUUGGUGCGCUCGUAAAGUUCUUACAAAUCCCGGUGCUUGAUGAACCGACAUCGUUUCGCAAACAUAUCAGCACACCAAUCCUAUCAAAGGCUAACAACCGUUUUGGUAACCUUAGCAGACUUUUGGAAGCCAUAUGUUUGCGCCGUACCAGAUUAAUCCUGAAACAACCUGAACCGGUCGUAGAAACAAAACUUCUCCAGUUUUCUACUGAAGAACAGACGCAAUAUGAAGAUUAUGCAGCGCGUUGCAAACACUACAUCGACUUGGCUGUUUCAGGGCAUAGUUUCAAAAAAGCCAAUCAGCAAGUCAUCCAGGCUAUCUUGGGUCUAAGACUGUUCUGUAAUGACGGAGAAAGGUCUCUUGCGAAAAGAAGUUCAGCAUUCGGCCUUCCAACAUCACCGGAAGAAGCUCUGAGUCUCUUGCAGACUUCCUCAGAUGCUGUGUGCAUCCAAUGUGGCUGCGAAAUUACGGCAAUGUAUCAAGGCGACGACAAAAGCUCAGGUGUACUGACAGUUUGUGAUCAUCUCAUAUGUGGUGAAUGUCUUCCAGAUUUUGAGGCAGACCUUGAUAAAAACUCUGAAGAUGGGCGUAGCUGCUGCCCGGUCUGCGGUUUAAGAGCAGAGAGGUUGUCAUUUGUUGUUGUACCUUCCUCGGACUUGGAAAAUUCUACAGAUUUACGGAACACAGUGUGGCCUACAAAGUUGCGUGCGGUUCUUGACAGUGUUCAGCAACAAGCCCCAAAUGAUAAAUGCAUCAUAUUCUCUGCCUGGAAGACGACCCUCGACAUCAUGGCUGGUAUAUUCGACGUCGCCUCAGUCCCGUAUUAUCGCAUACAUGGCAGCAUACCAGGUAGCAGGAGGAGUAAGAUUCUGGACGACUUUGAGCAGUCCACAACCAUUCGAGUGUUGUUGAUAACACUAGGAACUGGAGCAGUUGGCUUGAAUAAGAUGAAGGCUGCCAAUAUCGUACAUAUCAUUGAGCCCCAGUGGAAUCCUUCAGUCGAGAAUCAGGCAAUUGGGCGCAUUAUACGACUCGGACAAGAGAAGGCCGUCAAGAUUUUCCGAUACAUUAUGAAAGGAAGUGUUGAAGAGGCUGUCCGAUCUCGCCAAUUGCGUAAACUCCAACUUGCGCGCGGAGGAUUUGGUCUUUCUAAAGAUGACCAUAGCGAAAAGCGAAUCGGUGAGAUUAUGAGUUUGAUCUGCCCUUCGAUUUCUUAG